GGGACGGGUUUGUUCUUGGAUGGGAUGAUAGAGGGCAUGCCUUUGUUUGCAAAGGAGUUGGUUGCUGGUGGCGUCGCUGGUGCCCUUGCAAAGACUACUGUUGCUCCCCUUGAACGUGUGAAGAUUUUGUUUCAGAGUUCCAAUUACUUCUGUCUGUUAGGCAACCCUAGAUUCCUUAAAAGAAAGAAACACAAGCUGAUUUCUUUGUCCUUUUAGACCAGAAGAGAUGAAUUCAAGGCUAUAGGACUGCUUGGAUCCAUUAAAAAGAUUGGAAAGACAGAAGGGAUUAUGGGUUUCUACAGAGGGAAUGGUGCUAGUGUUGCCCGAAUCAUUCCCUAUGCAGCUUUGCAUUAUAUGACCUAUGAGCAAUAUCGUAGAUGGAUCAUCCACACUUUUCCUAAUUUUGGAAGAGGUCCUGUACUUGAUCUUGUGGCAGGAUCAUUUGCUGGAGGAACAGCUGUGCUUUUUACUUAUCCUCUCGAUUUAGUUCGAACUAAAUUAGCUUACCAGGUGGUCGAUUCAUCAAAACUGAAUGUUCAAGGGCUAGCUAGUACUGAAUAUAAAGGAAUCUAUGAUUGUUUCUCGAAGACUUUGAAAGAGUCUGGGCCUAGAGGUCUCUAUCGUGGUGUGGCUCCAUCGCUUUAUGGAAUCUUCCCUUAUGCGGGUUUGAAAUUUUACUUCUACGAGGAAAUGAAGCGCCAUGUUCCUGAGGAACACAAGAACAAUAUUUUGGUCAAACUGGUUUGUGGAUCUGUUGCUGGUUUGUUGGGACAGACCUUCACAUACCCUCUUGAUGUCGUAAGAAGGCAAAUGCAGGUGCAAAGGCUUGCAACAUCAAAUCCAGCAGAACUGAAAGGAACAAUGGAAACCCUCAUUAUGAUUGCCCAAAAGCAAGGAUGGAAGCAAUUAUUUUCAGGGCUGAGCAUCAACUACUUGAAGGUUGUACCCUCUGUUGCAAUUGGUUUUACAAUUUAUGACCUCAUGAAAUCAUGUCUCAGAGUUCCAUCUCGAGAUGUCAUAGAAGUUAUGACCGACAAAAGAAACAGUCAACCAUCACUUCACUCUUAAUUGAUGUAGUUACCAAUUCAUAGACCCAUUUAGUAUUCUUGAGUAAUUCAGAAUUUUCACUCAAUUCUUUGAAGCUGUGUAAUGUCACCAGCAAGCAUAUAGGUAACAUCCAUCCAAACUCCCAUUCAAUAAACUUGUACAUGUAGUUUCGCAGAUAUUAUGGUGGCAAAUGUUGUAUAAGAAGUAAUUUUUCCGUAAGGAUGUGAGUAUAUCCUCUCAGGACAGGUUGCGAGUACAUUGUACAUAGAAUAAUUUUUUUACUUUUGUCAUCAAUAAAGAAUUUUCAUUCC